UCGUCCUUUACUCGCAACAGGUUCAUACAAGUGUAAGUAUGCUUCGACUGAAUUGGUGUGCUUUGUCAGUCGGCACACCAGGGUGGGAGUAACCAUACAGACGGCGUAGCGAGUCUUAAGGAACUUAUCUCCGCACCAGUCUCUCAGCCGCGGGACGAUGGGGCGUUCCAAAAAACGGCUUUGGAAGUACGGUGGGAGAAUCACUGCAGCUCUAGUUGUUUACCUACUGAUGGCUUACGGCUACUUCCUGUACCGACACGAGUCACCUGGCACCCCUGUUACCAUGGAUACCUCUCUAGAAGAAGUGCCAGAUACGCCAGUGUCAGCUACAAGAGCGUUUGAAGUGACGGGCAAGGGGGAAUUCUCUCCUCGUAAUACUACAAAGACUAUUCCAAAGAAAAAGACUAUUCCAAAGAAAAAGACUAUUCCAAAGAAAAAGACUAUUCCAAAGUCAAUGACUGUUCAUAAUAAAAGCGAGACUCGCAAGUCUAGUAAUACCACCAACGCUAGGUUCUUUACAAACGCUAGCGUAACCCCAACGACAAGUACACACAUCCCCACGUCAACUACAAAGCAGGAUAGGAAAUCGGAAGAAAUGCCAAUUCUGACACCAGUAUUUGGAGGUCGCCUUGGCAACCAGUUAUUUGAAUAUGCCGCUGCUUACGCUAUUGCCAAAAUAAAAAACAUGACGUUGUUUAUUCCUGAGGGCAACGCCAUCAACAAACUGUUCCACGUCGAUAAAACGGUCGUAACGUUUCAAGGGUGCGCUUUUUGGCGCGAUGUGUUUGUUGACUGUUGUACCUACCAUGCCGAAUUGGCUACGAAAAUAAACAAACAUGAAUGUCAAAAGAUCGGACUCUAUCUUCAGUCAUGGAAGUAUUUCAAAGCGGUCGAAGCAAGCAUAAGGCAACAGUUUAAAUUCAAACAAAACAUUGCAGACACUGCCUUUAGGAAACUGGUAUCACUCAAACAGGAGUUCCUUUCCCGACACAGGAAAGCUGGCUGGCUGCCAAAUCAGAGUGGUCACUCAACUCCAGUCAUCCAUGCUUCCACUCAGCCGAACACACCGAACAAGUCAACACUAGCCCCCCAGGCUGCCGAUGUCUCACUGCGUGAUGUGUCUGGGAUAAGCACUGAUCACCCACCGACUUCACACAAACAGGAGCACGUGACACGGGCUGGUUCUGGGAGAAGCACUGAUCACCCACAGACUUCACACAAACAGGAGCACGUGACACGGGCUGGUUCUGGGAGAAGCACUGAUCACCCACCGACUUCACACAAACAGGAGCACGUGACACGGGCUGGUUCUGGGAGAAGCACUGAUCACCCACCGACUUCACACAAGCAGGAGCACGUGACACGGGCUGGUUCUGGAGGGGCUGGCUUAGUUACAGAUGUGACCUAUAUCGGGGUGCACGUGAGGCGAGGGGACUACAUGGCAUCAGGUAGUAAACGCCAGGGACGUACCACUCCACCAGCGGAGUACUACAUCCAUGCGAUGAACUAUUUCCGAGCUAUAUACCCCAAUGCUUUGUUCGUUGUUGGAGGAGAUGAUGGAGGUUGGGUGAAUCGUAAUAUCGCCGCCGUGGAUGUCGUUGUGCUGCAGAGGGAGUUGCCGGAAGUGGAUCUUUGUGUAUUUAGUAUGUGCAAUCAUACUAUCAUAAGUGUCGGGAGUUUUGGUUGGUGGGCUGGUUUCCUGGCAGGGGGGACAACUGUGUAUUAUAACCGUCCUUUCCGAAACAACACGGACAUGUCAAACUGGUACAAGGACUACCACACGGACUACGUGUGGCCUGGCUGGGUUCCGAUGGAAUGAAACCAACAUCUUCAGAGGCAAGGGGGGAGGGCACAGAUGGUCCAGUCGCAUUUCGCUGUGCAGAGUUUCUCCAGAAACCUAUGAUUCUGUGUUUGAAUCCUGGUUCACCCCAAUUAUGUUUCUAGGUUUGUCAGCACCAUAUACGUGCGCACGUUCACGUGGUGGGGUUGCAAGAUACUUGUCUAAAGACGAUGGUAACGCCUUAGUAAAAUCCUUUUUUAGUUUAGUUGAGAUUAGUCAGCAUACUCUGAAAAUAUAUCGUUUUGAUUCACAGCUGAGGUAUUGGUAAAACGAACACCCGGUGCAUUGGUGUUUGCACUUUCUUAGAAGUGACGAUUUUUUUCCCCAUUCUCACUUUUCCCAUUUUGACAUUACCCAUUUUGACCUUUCGCAUUUUGACAUUUCCAAUUUUGAAUUUCCCAUUUUUUCUUCACAAUCCUCUCAUUAGCAUCCUCGGUUCUUUCGACGACGUUUUGAUUGUGUGACGUCACUUCUAUUUUCGGAGAACUUACUGUCAGCAUUGACGAGGGCACGUGUUUCGCUUCGAUGGGUAUCAUGUUUGAUCUAUGAUCAGCGGAACCGGAAACCAUGAUAAGCUGAAAGGCAUUAAAAACGCACACCCAUCAUCAUGCUAAAAGUCGGCGUUAUCUGUGUCUGUGUGUCUAACAAGUGAUCAGAAGUAAAGGGGUAUACAGAGCAAUGUCGAACAUCAAAUGUUUGAGUUUGAAUCCCAACUGCCAUGAACGCAGUGGCUUGACGACUAAAAUCAUGAAACCAUGAAGGUGAAAUGUGGGAAAUCAGGUAGAUCAGAAAAAAGUCAUGAUGCACGUGCAAAGUGGGGAAUGGGCCCUAUAAAAAACACAGUGCGGGCAGGGGUAUCAUGCAUGAUCAUGAUGCCAUGGUUAAGCAGCCCACAGAGGAACCACGCCAUAGGGAUGUUGGGAGCUUGUCAGAGACGUUGCUGCGCACUUCAAUGCCCAUCGAUCAACUGUUGUCCGACUGUAGCAUCGUCACAGGACAACUGGGAGUGUAGCCGACCGUCCUCGACCAGGAACGCCGCCUGUGAGGCAGGACCAACUCAUCAUUGUGAGUCACCUUAGGAAUCGCUUCAGAACAGCAUGACAGACUGCCAUUGGCGUGAUGGGAACAAGGGGAUGACCAAUCAGUGAUCGCACAGUCCGACGUCGCCUACUGCACGAAACAUCCGGUGCCGUCGACUCUAUCGUGGCCAGAUAUGGACUCACGCACACCGUCUUGCACGUCAACGUUGGGCAGGUGCAGGUGGUCGUCUUGCUCCCAGGCAAUUGAGAGAUGUUAUCUUUUCAGAUGAAUCACGCUUCAACGUCAGUUUCCCAGAUGGCCGCAUUCGUAUAUACAGACGGAACCAUGAACGUUUUGCCCGAAACUGCGUUAUUGAACAUGAUCGUUUGGGAGGUGGAGGUGCCAUGGUGUGGGGUGCAAUUAAUGCCAACUUUCGCCCUGACUUGGUUGUGAUUCGUGGAAAUGUCAACGCCCAACGUUACAUUGACUCAGUGUUGCAACCUGAGCUCUUACCGUUGCUGAGAGGACGUCGACGUGGCGUUAACCAACUGGUGUUCCAACAUGACAAUGCCCGACCUCAUACAGCUCACGUGACCCGGAAUUUCUUGCAACAACACUAUGUUCAGGUGUUAAAUUGGCCCUCUCGAUCGCCGGAUUUGAAUCCAUUUGAACAUUUGUGGGACGAGCUUGGUCGUAGGGUUCGACGUUAGUUGCAACCACCACAGACUCAACUCAACUCGAGGGCCAGUCAACAGACGUUUACUCUACGACUGUGCUUAUCAAAGCUUAACAGACUUCAGACAUGCAUUGUUGCCCAUUGUCGAGGGCAUACACGUUAUUAAACUUUGAACUUUGAUUUCAAUCCUCCUCUAUUUGAGAUGCUUUCCAGUCAUGGGUUUGCAUUAAAACCUGAGAAAAACAA